UCGUCCCUGUGUUGCGUGUUUAUUUAGUGCUAUUUACUGAAGAGCAUGUGACCACGUGUUGUGAGCGACCGGGGUUAGAGUUGCUGCCCCGCGCCUCGGUGCAUCCAUCUCGGUGCCCGCCCCACCAGCGCGUCAAAGCUUCAACCAAGCAUGAUCCGUCCCUGUUUCCGAUCAGGCCAGAAGCUGCGAACCGGCCGCCGAGAGAAGCAAUGCCAUCGCCAUGGCGCCCCGACAACACACCUUCACGCUGGUGCCCAAUCCGCUGGGCAUGCAGGGCCUCAUGUCACGCCCGGCCAGCGGACCGCAGAGCAAGCCGCCGAUGACAUCGAAACAGGCCCAGAAGCUGUACAAGCAGGCCAACCGCGGGCCGCGCCUCUCCAAGGCCGAACAGCGACGUUUGGAGCGUGAAGAGCAGGAGCGUAUUCGGCGCGAUCUCGACAAGGAGAAGCAGGCUUCUAGGGCCCGUGCCCUGCGGGAGAAGAAAAAGGAGAAGGAACAGCAGGUGCUCCAGGAGAAGAAGCGAAGGGGAUUGCCGCUCGUCGACGUGCGACCCAGUCAGGACACGAUUGCGCGAUUUGUCAGGGGAAACGGCGUUGGUAACAAGCGAGAUUCGGCUGGCGUCAAGGUGGGGCUGCCCGUCGUGCAAGAAGAGGCCAAUGACGACCGAUCGAGCACCGAGGACGGGUUGGACGAGAAUGUGCCACCCGGGAAAGCACAAGAUGAUACGGGCAAGAGCAAGAGAGUGCGCUUGAAUGGAGAUGGCUUACAAGAAAACAAUGGCGGUUUAGCGGUAGAGGGGCAGUGUGCGGCCCGUCGUUCUCCGUCACGGCAACUACUAGUAUCUCCGGAGCAUCAACAACUACCGCCUCCCUCCCCUCGAAAGCCACUCCAAGAGAUCACGAAUUCCAAGAACCACUCACAUCCAGCUCAAGCCAGCAUACCCAACCUUGCUCCGCCAUCCAAGCCUACACCAGCAACUUCCCAUCAGACCCAGUCCAAUACCCCUGUGUUUAAGCGGCCUGGACCGGAGACAUCAAUAGCACAUCUUCGUUCUAUAAACACUAGGAGCCCGAAGCAGCCGUCAAGCCGACAAGCAAGGCAAAAUCUGCAAGAAGACUCGAUCUCACUACCAACAAGCACACAACUCUUCGUUAUUUCACAUAUCGACGACCUCUUCCCAACGCCAUCCCAAGAAGCCCGAGAAUUAGAGGAAGCGGCAACACCCUUACGAACUGCCAUUGCAGGCGCACCCCCAGCGCUAACUGGGAAGCAAGAGGCAGAUGGGGCCAAAGAGGGGGUGUCAAGCAAGGAUAAACAGGAGGAUGCCGACAAGGGCAGAGAUGGCAACGGUGGGAGGGUUGGAGACACUCAUCCCGGAGUACGGAAGGGUACGAUAAACCCCGCGAAGUCGCCGAAUCCUCUUCCCAGACAACCUCCGGUAUCCCACCCGAGGCAGUUUACCCGGACUGCUGCGCAGACCGCUGUCAAAAUACCGACAGUGCCACCACCGCCACGGCCUACCACAUUGAAGCCCCCCGAAACGCCUACGCCCGACCUUCCAUUUAUAUGCACUCAAGACCUGCUUCUUUCCUCCCAGGACCUUCGAGAUUUGGACGAGCCUUCACCGAUACCGAGCAAAACAUCGGCCAGACUGGUUUCUAAGGGACCACCAGUCUUCAAGAAGAAUCAACCCAACAUGCAGUCGUCACCAUCAUCUACCAGACCACCGGCUUUCAGGAAGGACCAUUUCAGACCCCAGCCAUCACCGCUAUCGUGUUCCGGCUUUCAAGCUUCAUCAUUUCGACAUCCCACCCCGCACCUCCGGACAAAGCACCCGGUGCCGGCGAACGCGAAGCAACACCCCGCCCCUCCCCGCAGUUCCAAGCCACUGCAGGAAAACGACGCCAACAAUGAGGCUAAAGCAGACCCGGUUUCUCAAGGCUGGAGAGUACAACAAAACAACUCUCCCGUGCCUGACCGAGAGUCUGACAUCGUACCACAACAUCCACCAUCACACGAGAAGCCUCGGUUCUUUGGCUCGAGCGGCUCGGGUGUGGAGCUGCUUUUAGCCAUGGACCAAAGCCGCAAGGCACAUGAAGAGGAGGAGAGGAAGCGGCGCGCCGAGCGCGAGGCCCAGCAGAAAGCGAGUCGACAGGAGAAGGGGCCUGAGCCACCGCAUCGCUCGGCAUCAAGGAGCGAACACAACCCACAAACUCGACCACGAGAGCAGUGUCUUCCGCUGGCACAGAAUAGCCACGCAGCAAGCGGUCAGCUCAGAACAGCCGGUACCAGUCAGCCGACAGCCCGUGUCACGGCGUCUCAAGAGACAGAUUACGGGGAGCUUGGACUCGACGUGAUGGACUUGUUGGAUCUUGAGAUGGGCAAAGUGCCCCAAUAGUGAAUAAUGGCUUUUGGGCUUUUGGCGGUGGGACAUAUCAUCUGUACCACAACCGUGUGGAUCCCUAACACCCCGGCUGGCGAGAUGGCAUCCCGACGGUACAGUCACUAAGUACCCCUUGCAUGAUUAUGAAUACGAAUUUCAUGGACACCUUAUGUAGGAAAUGAGACAUCAAUACCGGAUUCUGUGAG